UCUCUUUAUUUAUCUUUAACCCUUUUCCUUUUCCUACUUUCUCUCUCCAAAACUCAACUUUAUUCUCCUCGAACCCAACCCUAAAAAAGAAGGCACCCCCAGGUCCUCUCAAUCCUUCUUAUGUUCACAAACGACAUCCCUUCGCUUUCUCUCCCACCAUUUAGGUUUCAAACACAGAAAGAAUCAGCCAAUACCACCCUUUAUUGCUGACCUUUUUUUGGUUUCUCGUUUUAUCAUCAUCAUUACUAUAAGUUGAUCAACAUUAGUAUUCACACAGAUUAUUGAAUUUAUAUUUACAAGGAUAAAAUUAUGACUUCAUCGUCUGAACUAAGCCUUGACUGCAAACCCUACAGCCAUUCCAUGCUGCUUAAAUCAUUUAGAGGAGAGAUUGCUGAUUCUGAUACCAAAAAACUUGAAGAAUUUCUAGCUUGUCUUGAAGAAGAAAGACUCAAGAUUGAUGCUUUCAAACGUGAACUUCCACUUUGCAUCCAACUUCUCACCAAUGCUAUGGAGGCAUCAAGGCAACAGCUUCAAUCCCAUAGGGCGAGUGCAGGGCAAAGACCAGUUCUUGAAGAAUUUAUUCCACUUAAAAACGCAAGUUCUGAAGAAAUUGAAAAGUCUAUAAGCAUGCCAGAUAAAACUAACUGGAUGACUUCUGUACAACUAUGGACUCAAGCAAAUGAAGAAAUUACAAAGCAUCAAUCAUCUCCAAAAGAAAGUGAUCUGGGUUUUGGAGUCAGACCCAAGCUAGGUUUAGAUAACAGGCAGAGUAAUGGAGGAGCUUUUCAUCCAUUUUCAAAAGAGAAAAAUUCAUGUCCAAGCCCAAGUUUCCCAGAUUUGGCUCUUUCUUCAUCCCUCAAGGAGAUGGAAGAACAUAAAAAGAACUCAGAAGCUAGGAGAGAAAAUUCUGGUAAGUGUACUGAUUCAUCAGCCGAGAAAGGGCAAGUUAAAGAUACACAAACCGCCGGAAACAACCACUCGACCUCCGCGCAAACUCAACGGAAAGCAAGGAGAUGCUGGUCACCGGAUUUGCACAGGCGUUUCGUUAGUGCUCUUCAGAUGCUAGGUGGUUCUCAAGUGGCCACGCCGAAACAAAUCAGAGAAUUCAUGAAGGUUGAUGGUUUGACCAAUGAUGAAGUAAAAAGCCAUUUGCAGAAAUACAGACUUCACACUAGAAGACCGAGUCCUAGCCCACAAGCAGCAGCCACAGCAGGUACCCAAGUGGUGGUCCUUGGAGGCAUAUGGGUUCCACAAGAAUAUGCAGCAGCUGCCGCCCAUGGCAGCGCCGCACCAGCUGCUCUUUACGGUGCACACCCCUCUUCUCAUGUAUCAGCACCCUACUGUUCAGCACAACCAGUACCCCAAGAAUUCUAUUCUGCACUAACGGCGCCACAGCCACCCAUCCACCACCAGCUCCAUGUGUAUAAGCCAUCAGUAUCACAGGCACAGGCACAGACACAUAGCUCACCCGGGUCCGAUGUCCCGGGCGGAACUUUUGAUCGGUCUGAAAGCAUGGAAGAUGGGAAGUCUGAGAGCAGCAGCUGGAAAGCUGAUAGUGUUGUGGAAAAUGGAGAGAGAAAAAGCUUGAUGCUAAAGGAGGAAGGUGAAGAGAGCAAUGGAAAUGAGAUUACUCUUAAAUUCUGAUUAUCUUUGUGAUUUAGUUUAGGUUAAGGACUAAGUUUAGGGAUAGAAUAAUUAAAUAUUUGCUAAACUCCAUUGCUAUAUACAGAGAGAGAAGAAUAAAAAUAGCAUAACCGAGAAAAAUACUUUUGUGUUGUACCAUUUGGUUGUAUGCCUUGAUGUCUCCUAUUUGAUAUAAAUUAUUGAGGAAUUGAUUUAUAAUUAAUUGA